UCGUUUUACUGAAAACGCCUGCACUGUUUCGUUCUUCCCCUUUUCCCGUCCUGCAGCCUCCCUUUUCCCUUCCAUGCUCUCUCUCUCUCUCGCUCUCCAACUUACGGCUGAACGGCGAUUGUCAACGGCGCCGGAAUCUUUGGCUGACGCCGAAAACCGAGAAGGUUAGACAGAGCGAGAGAGGGAGAGAACGGGAAAGAAAUAGCGGGAUAGGUGAGGAGAGAAAGAGGGAGAACAAAAGGGUAGAGACGAGGGAGUGAGAGAUAUUGAAGAGAAGAGAGGGACGAUAGUGAAGGUGGGCUGGUUCACGAAACCACACCCAAGGACGUGACCGGAGAGCGUACUAAAUACUACCUUCUUCUUUGCUGAGCAAGAUAGAGUUUUUCAGGGAAGGCAGCUAAGCUUAGUUAUUUUUAAACCUCUGAGUUCCUAGUGAAUAGGUCUCUCUCUUUCUUUGGCUAUUUUUGGCUGGCCAGCAUCUGCAGCAGUGCCAUGCAGAAGACCGCACCAUGGUUGAGCUUAUCCAUGGCGCUCUCUCAUUUUCCCUCACGGCUAACAUGCAUCUGUGGCUUUCUUCUAAAUCUGCUUGAAGAGAGAAGACCAAUCUGGGGAGAAUCCUAAUUGGCAUUACCUGGAGCACGAUCUGUUUUGUCAAAGCAUAGCAUGGAAAAGCUAAGAGAGUUUGGGCGGAAGGCAAUCUUUGUUAUUCGAGUCAUUUCGGGGUACGAGGAAAGGAAAAUUAGGUCUUACAGAUUGCAACUUGAGAAACGCCUCCAAUAUGCAAAAGAAAGGAAGGAAGCCUUGAGAAAGAUACCAGAGCAAGCCAUUUUAUCGGAGGUCCGUCGCAUGGUGGAGGAGAUGCAAGCCGUAAACAAGAAACUGGAAGAGACGGAAUCUGCAAUUAUUGCGUACUUCAAGCCAAUUGACAAAGAAGCAGAAAUCAUAAUGAACAUGCAGCUUGAAGGAGAAGAAAGAAACAUGAGAGCCAUGUCCAAAGCUGCGCAUGAAAGAGUGAUGGAAGCACAAGCUUUAGCAGAAGGAUUAGCAAAUGCAGGUAAAAUGGAGGCUAAUAAUAAUUUAGAAUCAGAAUCUCGUCAUCAAGAUCAAGCAUCAAAGUGACUUACAGAAAAUGUUGACUGCAUAUUGAAAUGAUUGUGUUUAUCAAAAUAACAUGUUAUCUUCAAUAUACUUUGCAUGGAACAUAAGGCAAAAUCAGAAAUUGAAAAAGAGGGGUUGAAUGCUUGGAAAUUCAAGAAUCUGAGGUCAUGUUUGAGAUAUGGAUUACUGAGCUUUGCUGUUUCACUAGUUGGGCUAUUCAUUGUAAGAUGCAAACGAACGUUUUUGCAUGUCAUUGAUAAUGUACAGAGCUCUGUUUUUUUUU